UUUGUUCCUAGGCACGCCCUGCAUAAAGAGGAUCAGAAUAGGAAGGGAGGCCUAUGUGGAACUUUGGAAAUAUUAUCUCCUUGGUUUUAUGAUGUCACUGUUGAGCACUCUCUAGUCUAGCUGAAGGAGCCAACCACAAGGAAGUGGCGUUCUGGCACCCCCAGACUCUCUGGUUGGCGUGUCUUGCCGCCGGUGGUGGGCGGAGCAUAGAGAUCCGCUCUGCCCGCCCCUGUCGCUGGUGUCGGAGGUCCCGGAAGCGUAGCCGGGACUAUCGGCGAUGAUGGCGGAGAGUCCGGCUGCUGAGGAGGCGGCUGCGGCCGCGGUAUUGGCGGCCCCCACGAGCGGCGGGCCCGGAUCCGGAGCGGGCAGUGGCGGUCCGGGCGUGUUCCUGCCCGCCGAGCUGUGGGCGGUGGCGGGGCUGGGCUCGACCGGGGGUGGAUCCGGAGCGGGAUCCGGAGUCGGGUCAGGAGGAACCGCUGUGGCUGGGAUUCCGCCUUCUGCUGCCGCCGCCGCUGCCGCGGGGGUGCUCCUCUCGCACUCGGCCUUCUGGGACCCCACGACCAGCGGAGACUGGGACGGAGAGAGGCCGAGCGCCGCCUGCCUGCUUCGGAUCAAACGAGAUAUCAUGUCAAUCUACAAGGAGCCACCUCCUGGAAUGUUUGUUGUGCCUGACCCCCAUGAUAUGACCAAGAUUCAUGCGUUGAUCACAGGCCCCUUUGACACGCCUUACGAAGGGGGUUUCUUCUUGUUCCUGUUUCGCUGUCCUCCAGAUUAUCCCAUCCAUCCGCCACGGGUCAAGCUGAUGACAACCGGGAAUAACACAGUGAGGUUUAACCCUAACUUCUACCGCAAUGGGAAGGUGUGCCUCAGUAUUCUAGGCACGUGGACUGGUCCAGCCUGGAGUCCUGCGCAGAGCAUUUCUUCGGUCCUGAUCUCCAUACAGUCUUUAAUGACUGAGAACCCCUAUCACAAUGAACCUGGCUUUGAACAGGAGAGGCAUCCGGGAGACAGCAAAAACUACAACGAAUGCAUUCGACACGAAACGAUCAGAGUAGCUGUGUGUGACAUGCUGGAAGGGAAAUGCCCCUGUCCGGAGCCUUUACGGGGAGUUAUGGAGAAGUCCUUCAUGGAAUAUUAUGAUUUUUAUGAGGGGGUGUGCAAAGAGAGGCUCCAUCUCCAAGGACAGCCGAUGCUGGAUCCCUUUGGUGAGAAGCGAGGACACUUUGACUAUCAGUCUCUUCUAAUGCGUUUGCAAGGAAUCCGUCUGAAGGUGCAGGAGAAACACCAGCAGGAGAACCCAGACAUAGACUCGGAAAGUAGCUCCUCUGAAACGGAGACAGACACUCAAGGAAGCAUUAAGGCUUAGAUGCUUCCCACCAGAUCACUUGGGAAUCCAAGACUCAGGGGUGGGGAUCUUCUGACUUUAGGCACUGUGGAGGACCCCAGAGAGACCUGAGAACCAGUCGGGUUCCAGAGUGGAGAAAACAUGGGUGGAGAAGCAUCCUUUUAUUGUCUCCUUCAGUGCUCUGGAACACGCUGUUAAACAAAAGAGGAUUUGAUGCUAAACGGAACUGAGCUGGUGACAGGCUCUAUUUUGAAAAUGGUCCAUUCUCUGCUGGUUACCUAAUGAGCACAUGGCAUAAAGGUAUCCCGGAAGAACCUGUGGUGGGUGGGUUUCUGUCCCCCUCUUGAUUCUAAAAGAGCAUGAGGUAGAGCAUGACUCCUCGUUCCGUCUCUUUGUUUCCAAACAUAGUGCAUAAUCCUAGCACCUCCUUUCCAGCUUGCCUCCAAGCCAUGGUAGACUCCCAACAGCCGUGCCUGUUAAAGCACUUUUGACAGUGUUUCUGAGGAGCCCCGUUUUCACAUUUGCUUUGUAGCUUCCCAGUUGGGUUGGUAUUGCCUGUCCUAGACAGACCAAAGAGGAGGAACUUCUGCUGGAACUGGGCUUUAAGAUGAUUUUUUUAAAAAAAGUUUUCAAAGCUUUACGCAAUUCUAGAGCUCCUUUUUCCUCCCCCACUUGGAAUUCAUGUAGGAAAGGAGUGAAAGACAAACUAGGAAAGAUCCUAAAUUUCCAUGUUCUUCAAUCUCGUGAGCAACCAUCUGCCUUCAAAGGUAAACUAACCUACCUUGUUUCACAUUAAGCAUUGUUUUUGGUGAUCCUAGGAAGGAGGAGUCAUUCUGCCAGUUCAUCUUCCUCUGUAAGUUGCAUAUAAUUUUAGGGAUCUGCAGGAUGUUUAGCACUCUGAUUCAGGGAAAGCUGUGGAGAGGCAAUUCUUUAUGACAAUUGUGUUGGCAGGAAGAAAAAGAGCAAGUAUAGAUAAUUGCAGCAAAAACGCCAAUGCUUAUCUGAAGCUUUUCUGAUGCAACUGCAGGCUUUGCUGUUCAAGCAACUUGAGACCUCCAGCUUUUUGAGAGUAGGGCUAGGAGUUCAGCGAUAUCAAAAGGAUGCAAGUACCAGAAGAAACUUGAACCAUGCCAGUUCCAAGACUUUAAAGGUGGGGAGCAAACAGGACUGUUGAAAUGCUCUGUGGAAGAACUGAGUCUUGUUUUUCAAGUGUCUCUGACUGAAACUGAAGUAUGGAGUUGCACAUUUGUGUAUCUGUGUCUGUCCAAUCCGCCAUCAGUCUUCUCUUGGAUCACUUCAUUGUGGCAUAGAUAGAGAAGCCAGCAGUCUGAGGAACAUGCCGUUUGAGGAUCAAAUUAUGGAGUGUUUAUAACCAUCCGAUCUGCUGGAAAACCUUUUUAGUUUUGAAAGAACAAACUGUUUCUAGGUAGAAAGAUCAGAAGCUGUGUGAGCGCUUUAGAAACUGCUUUAAGAUGUUUGAUAACUGGAAAAUGUUCCUGACAUAUGUACGUGCAUCCUAAUCUAGUGAACCAAAAUUGGGCAGGGAUGUCGGGCCUCUAAUAUCAUAUUAGGCAUGCAAAUGGCUCUUACCCGGGGAGAGUCACAUUUAGCUAACCCAGUGAUACACAUAAAAUGGUGCAGAUUACACCCAUCCCACCAGUCCCCGGAAGCUCUUAUGUGCAGAUAGUGUUUAUUUUCAGGCAUAGCAAAAGGCAUUCAAUCUUUCAGCUGUUCCUGUGCUACUCUACUAUAAAUUGUGGAGGGAGACAUGCUGCAAUUUCAAACUAUUCAGGAGCCUUCCUGUUAGCAAACAUAUUUCCAUAGAUCUGCGUUUCAGAGUACGAUGGACAUGCUUUUCCCACUCACUGCAAGCGGGGAGAGGCUAUGCACCAUGGAUGGAAUCAGCUAAAUGUUUCCUGGUGUAACUUUGCAAUUAAGAUGCCUUUGUGGAGAGGAUCUCAUGAGGUGGGCUAAUCUAUCAUGUUCAUUUAAAUCUCAUUGGGUGCAAGCCAGCAAAAACACACACUUAACCCCCAUUGAAAUCCAUGGGGCUUGAGUGCAGAGUUAAAGCUCUGAAAUCAAUAGAACCUAGGUUGGUCUAAUAUUCACUGAACUGUUUCCCAUUGUUUGUUGGGCUUUCCCCAUUCUGUAGUCGCCAAGGCUAGUGGUGCUGCCAUCAGAGCACCUGUGAUUCAGAGAUCUCAGUUUCAGAUGCAUGUUGGCCGUCGAAUCAUUUCAUACACUUCUUUAAAACAAAAAUAAAUGAAAAUGCCUUAUGUGGUUAUUUCUUUUCACGUGGCUCGCAUGUGGAUGUAAGAAAAAAGAAUAUGGUUUUCUAGCUGCCCAUAGUCAUCUGUUUCUGAAUGUUUCCAUUUCAAAAGUGACAAUCCUAGAUGACUGAUCUAGACAAAUGUUUAGUGACAGAAUUUUAGGCCUAACAAGCUUAAAGAAAUGCACAAGGGUCUUAAAAAUAAAGAAACCUUGUUUAUAUACAAUUGUACAUACAGGUUUUUUGUGCAAUAAAGUUUGUUUUGGCAGGA